GAGGGGGAGAACGGCCGGCCCCGUCCGGCGGGGGGCUGGACUGGAGCGCAGAGCGGUGCCCGGGCGCUCUCCUCCUUCUGCGCCGCGGCGAAUGCGGGCCGAGCCCUUUGCACGUGCUCAGAGGGCGGCUGGCCGCGUCGCCGUCCCCCCGCCCGGGCCUGGAGGCGGAGCCGGCCGGGGCCGCGCCGGGCACGCGCUCCUUCCCCGCUCGCCCGCCCGCCCGCCCGCCCGCCCGCGCUCGCAGCGCCGGGGCCGCGUCCGCCACCUCCUGCUGGCAGCCGGCGCGAAGUUUGGCCGGACGAGGAGCGGCUGGCGGGGGUGGGAGCGGCGGCUGUGCCAUGCGGGGCUCCCCCCGGGCGGCGGCGGCGGGGCUGGCGGGCGGCGGACAGGAUGCGGCCGGGGCUGGGCAGGGGCAGGCGGCAUGGCCCCCCCGCCUAAGGGCCCCGCCGCCCGCAAGCUCCUCUGCAUGUGCAGCCUCUCGCUCUGCCUGACCUACCUCUGCUACAGCCUCAUGGGGGGGCCCGGCGGCCGGCGCGCCCCACUCGCCGCCCGCGCCGCCCCCUCCCGCGCCGGCCUCCCCGCCUGGCUCCGCACGCCCGAGCCCACGCCGCCCGCCGCCAGCCCCGCCGCCGGCCUCCCGGCCCGGCCCGCCGAAGCCUCCCCGUCGUCCCCCGCCGCCCUCGCCGCCGCCGCCGACAGCAGCAGCAGCCCCGGCCCCGGCGACGGCCCCAGCCCCGGCCCCAGCGGCGCCGCAGCCCCGGAGGGCGCCACGGCCACCCCGGACUACGGCGAGAAGCGGCUGCCGCAGGCGCUGAUCGUCGGCGUGAAGAAAGGCGGCACCCGCGCCCUGCUGGAGGCGCUCCGGGCGCACCCCGACGUCCGCGCCGUCGGCACCGAGCCCCACUUCUUCGACCGCCACUACGACAAGGGCCUCGACUGGUACAGCCGUCGGUUUGGGGCUUCGGCCCCCUGCCUGGCUGCACAGAGCCGGCUGGGAGUGGCCGUCCCCUCGGAGCGCAAAGCCACGCGUUCCCCCCGGGGCGACCUUUGUGGGGCCAGAGAGGCUUCCGAGGCAGAGUCUCCCUGCGGGCUGCUGUUCAGACUUUCUCCAAGUCGAGCUGUUCCCCCCUCGCCCCCUCCCCACGGGCGAGAAGGGGCCCCUCUCUCCCCACGGCUGGCUGUGCCAGCUCACAUAUUGCCACCCUGGGCUGCCCCAGAGGAAGCGCCCCAGUGCGACUGUCAGUUUUCCCCUGCCAUGCUGCGGGCAGGAGUCAGAGAGCAGGCUGUGGAGUGUCUUCGGGGUUGGUGA